CCGUUCACGCGUCUCACUCCACGCUGAGUGCGGGUCCCCUCAGACCGAACAUUGCCAAAGCCAUGGCCUGGCUGAGGGAUGGCGGCGGCGGGGCAGAGAGGCCGUCCCCGUCCCAUAUGGUGGUCCGGUUCACUCUUCCCUCCCCGCCUUGGUGUUACUCAUGGAACCCCCUCUCACGGAGGGCACAGAGGGGCUGUUUUCUCCCACGGCCCUCGGAGGUGACAAAAUCAGAAAUAUCUGAGCGCCUCAAAUCUCCUUCCCCCUCCCCCCCAGGACCAGGUGGCCCCUGGGGAGACCCUGCCGCCCUACAGGUGUGAGGACGCCCGGACUCUGCGACUUUGGGGCCUGCGGGCAGCUCAGGGACCGGGACUCUUAUUUUGAAGGACGGCCCCCUUCGCCACCCCCGUGAUUUGCACGCUGACCCAAUGGCAAGCCCUUGGCCGGCUCUGGGCUUGUUAUCAAUUACAUGUUGUUCCUGCAGCCGCUGUGUCCCCGGGAGGAUAAACAGCAGGCCUGGCCGGGCCAGGGGAGGGGGCGGAGUCCGGCGGCCAGCCGGGGACUGUGCCCGGAACAGCGUGUCCCCUCCCCCUGCACGCAGUCUGCGCCUCUGGCCGCCCCACGUGCUGCUGUGUUUUAGGGGCCGAGCCAGCUCCAGCCCUACAGUGUCCUCUCUUUAAUGCUGGUGCCCUGGGCCAUCCCAGAGCCCUUUCUGGGUUCUCGGUGCCUGGGUGCCUCCCCCUUGAGACGUUCAGCCCAGCAUUAAGACUCUGUUGCCUGACCUGGGCCACCCACUCCUAGUCUCCGCCCCCUCUUCCCCGCACCUUCCAUUCACUCAUUCAGCAAAUUUUGCUGGGUCCUGUUUUAGACUCUGGGUUACAGCAUUGGAGUGAACAGUCAGGACAGCUGAUAUUCUGAUGGGAAGGUAGACAGCAAAGUUCACAAACACAUUACCAAGAUAGUUUCCCACAGUGGAACCUGCAGUGAAGAGCAUAAUAUAGGGUGAUGUAACAGGGUGGGCCUGGAGGCCCCCACAGGGGUGACUUCUGAGCCGAGAUCUAACUAAGCAGCUCCCACCUGCAGUGCUGGGGGAAGAGCCAGGGCAGUGGCUCCCGGCUGAGGCUGAAGUGAGGCGAGCAUACCUGGACUAGGAGAGAGGCAGUUGGUGGUGAGGUCUGCAGAGAGUCCCGAGGACCCAGGUGCUGGGCUGCUGCGAGGAGAUAGGGCCACCUGUCCUUGGGAAGCCAUUGGAGGGUGUUUCCUUCCAGCCCCCGUUCUGUACUUUUUAGAUCACUUUAUCUGUCAAUAUCUGUUUAUAUCUUUAAAAGGUAAGGCCUCCUUUAACCACAAUACGAUCAUCACAGUUAAAAAUAUUAACAGUAAUUACUUAAUAUCUUGGGAUGGCCAGGUAGUGAUCACGUUUCAGGGGAGGGCUCUAAGGCCUGCUCUGGGUCCCAGGAGGGCUGGAGGCCCCUGAUUCCUUAACAUUGCAGUACAAGGGCAGAGGCCGCACGUUUGCUGUGCCUGCAGGCUGACACCAAUGGCUGGCACUGGCUGAGUGCCGCCUGUGUGCCAGAUCGUGAGGGGAGUUCUCACAACACCUGAGGAACCAGGCACUGUUGGAAGCACCUCCAUCUCACAGACUGAGACAGACACAGAAAGCCUGUGCACCUGCCCGAGGUCACCUGGCAGACAAGUUGCAGACUCAGGAAUGGAGCCCAUGCUUGGAGGGUGGGAAAGGGUUGGCGGAGGCCCAGGGUGGAGUGUGGGCUCUGCUCAGCCUUGUGCCCUUCACAGUGUCUGGCACUUUCAUUCCUUCCCAGCACCUGAUUUGGUGAAUAGGUGCAUUUUAAAACACACUCCAGGUUUAAAUCCUUAGCUGAGUGUUUAAACCAAAAAGCCAAAUGUCUUCCUAGUAAAACUGGCCUGGGAUACAGACCUUGCCUUAGUUUCCUGGAGUUCCAUGAAGCUUCCUGGAUAAGUUGGGAACUGAGGUCAAAGGUCCUGGGGUCCCUGAGCAGGAAGAGACUUAGAGAUCUUUGAAGCAUGGAACAGAUGAGGAAACUGAGGUUUGGGAGGGGAAGCAAGGACUUGCUCAAGGUCAUAGCUGAUGAUGGUAUUGGCCAUUGGGCAGUGUGGAGUGCCAGGUCCUGAAGGGGUCCUGGAGACAGAGGGGCUGGGUGUAGAGGUGAUGCUGGGCAGCAGAGAACCUCUGACUUUGGUGCAGAGCGUUCCCCUUCCCUAAGCUUGAUAAACACCCAGCCCGCCCUGGUCACUGAGCAGGGACAAAGGUUCACAGAGGUGGCCCUGUCACAGCUGGACACUGUUGACUCUCCUUGGACACCAGACCUAGCAUGUUCUUUGGCUUCAGAGGAUGCAGCUUUCCCUUCUCUCUGUCAAGGUUCUCUGAGCCCCUCCUGGGCACCAGGGGCCAGUCCAGGCAUUGGGGACGCAGCAGAGACAUGGAGUGCACUGUCUCAGGGGGAGACAGGCAUUAGCUGAGCUUCCCAAGGUGGUGAGUGUCCCAGAUGGAGAGAGCAGUGGCAGACAGUGCAGGGGACUCCACUUCCUUAUUGGCCAGGAUGGGCUGGGGGGCGGUGGUUAUCUCCUUUCCCACUAGAUGGGUGUGAAGUCCAAGGCAGUUAUGCACAUGCAGGUGCUCUGGGACCCCAGUGGUUGGCUUCCACGCCAUGGAUUAUCACCAGAGGGGCAGGGCCUUGGCCACCAGGAUGCUAAAGCGUCAGGGUGCAGCUGCCACCGGCACGGCCAGGCCAGCAUGGUGGACCACUUACUUCCAGUGGACGAGAACUUCUCGUCGCCAAAAUGCCCAGUUGGGUAUCUGGGUGAUAGGCUGGUUGGCCGGCGGGCAUAUCACAUGCUGCCCUCACCCGUCUCUGAAGAUGACAGCGAUGCCUCCAGCCCCUGCUCCUGUUCCAGUCCCGACUCUCAAGCCCUCUGCUCCUGCUAUGGUGGAGGCCCGAGCACCGAGAGCCAGGACAGCAUCUUGGACUUCCUACUGUCCCAGGCCACGCUGGGCAGUGGCGGGGGCAGUGGCAGUAGCAUUGGGGCCAGCAGUGGCCCCAUGGCCUGGGGGCCCUGGCGAAGGGGAGCGACCCCUGUGAAGGGGGAGCAUUUCUGCUUUCCCGAGUUUCCUUUGGGUGACCCUGAUGACGUCCCACGGCCCUUCCAGCCUACCCUGGAGGAGAUUGAAGAGUUUCUGGAGGAGAACAUGGAGCCGGGAGUCAAGGAGGCCCCCGAGGGCAACAGCAAGGACUUGGAUGCCUGCAGCCAGCUCUCAGCUGGGCCACACAGGAGCCACCUCCAUCCUGGGUCCAGCGGGAGAGAGCGCUGUUCGCCUCCACCAGGUGGUGCCAGUGCAGGAGGUGUCCAGGGCCCAGGUGGGGGCCCCACGCCCGAUGGCCCCAUCCCAGUGCUGCUGCAGAUCCAGCCCGUGCCUGUGAAGCAGGAAUCGGGCACGGGGCCUGCCUCCCCUGGGCAAGCCCCGGAGAAUGUCAAGGUUGCCCAACUCCUGGUCAACAUCCAGGGGCAGACCUUCGCACUCGUGCCCCAGGUGGUGCCCUCCUCCAACUUGAACCUGCCCUCCAAGUUUGUGCGCAUUGCCCCUGUGCCCAUCGCCGCCAAGCCUGUUGGAUCAGGACCCCUGGGGCCUGGCCCUGCCGGUCUCCUCAUGGGCCAGAAGUUCCCCAAGAACCCAGCCGCAGAACUCAUCAAAAUGCACAAAUGUACUUUCCCCGGCUGCAGCAAGAUGUACACCAAAAGCAGCCACCUCAAGGCCCACCUGCGCCGGCACACGGGUGAGAAGCCCUUCGCCUGCACCUGGCCAGGCUGCGGCUGGAGGUCUGCCAGCUAGAAGAGCAGAUUUGAUUUGAGGGCAGUUGGGAAGCCAUCCAAUCUGGAGAGCCUCUACAAUUAGGAAAACAAGGUCUGGAAUUCCUGGACUUCACUCCUUGUUAGCGAGAAAGCGAAACACGUGAUGCUCUGCUUUGCUCUCAGUGUCAAAACCUUGUGUUCAUGGGCCCUGGCGACUGCACAGAGAGCCCUGAGUACUGAAAUCCUGCAUGGGUACAUUUUGAUGGGGCAGGAAGAAAAGUUCCGGAGCGUGGAGAGCGGAGGUCCAGAGCAUUCACUGAUUUAUCCACAGAACAGAUGCGGAAACCAGGGCACAGCAGGAAAAGUGAAACUUCCAGCAAAGCCCAGUUCAUAACGUGAGGCUUUGUGAGGUUCAUGUGUGCGACCUUCACCCCCUCACCUGGACCCCCUCUUUGUCCUCCUUUUGCACCCAGUGAUGUUUGACCUGGAUCCUUUCCCUGCCCUCAAGUCUUGCCCUGGCCUGACGUUCAGCGGGGCCUCCGUGCAUUAAGGAUGGAGGAUGGUUCUUUGUGCUUUCUCUACCAGGUGAACUUGAAUCUGCUCGGAAUUCUGGAGAGCAAAGACCCACUGGCCCCACUAAUCCAUCUAUUGAUCCUGCCCCGGUCACCAGGCUGGGUCUAGCCUCCACACUGCCGCUGCUCAGGGUCUGGGGAGGAAGUCACUGCAGCCAUUCAGCCAGGUGGGGCUUACAUAGGGGUGUGGGUAGCACAGAGCUCAGAACCUGGGGCUCUGGUUACAGGAGGACUGCAAGUGAUAAGCCCACAGAGCAUGGGGACGGGGGAAGGGGAAGCCGGAAAGACGCACGUUGUGAGCAAGGGGUCACAGAGGAGAUGGGGAGUCAUGGGAGGAUGCCUGCCCAGCUGUCACUGCCCAUACCUACGGUGCAGUGGAGGAAGAUGCGCGAUGCUCUGGGCCUACCUUGGGGGCACCCGGUAGUCCCCAGGCAAGGACUGACCUGUCCUCGCUGGGAGGAUGCGCUGCACAGGGCAGAUGGAAGUGCCUGCGAGGGCCAGCCUAAGCUGUGAGGUGGUGGGGCCCAAUUGUUAUAGGCACAGGACGCCACAGCAAGGGAAGGGAGGGCAGAGGCCAGGAAAGGGAGCUGCUCAGGGAUCGGUUGGCCUCGUUCUUGCCCACCACAACAAUUGCUGCUGAAACUGGGGCCACCCUGCUCUAAUGUCCCCUGGCUGGGGAGGGGGCAACCUGACUCACUGUAGCUCAAAGUCCCCGGGUCCCCAGAGCCCCCGUUGCUGAUACACAGCAGGAUGAUUCACCCCUCUGUGGGGCUCCUGGAGCCUCCCCUCAUGGCAGCCGGCUUCUGAGGCCCGUGCUACCAGGUAUGUCACCACUCGUGGGGGCAUGUACACGCCAUAUGAGUUUGCCUGGGUUGACACAACAAACUGUCAAAGGCUGGGGGCUCAAACAACAGACUUCUAUCGUCUCUCAGUCACGGAGCCUGGAAGUCGAAGAUCAGGGUGUCUGCAGGGUGGGCUUCUCCUGUGACCUCUCUCCUUGGCUUGUGGAUGGCCGCCUUCUCCCUGUAACCACUCAUGAUCAUCCCUCUGUGUGCGUCAGGGUGGUCAUCUCCUCUUUUUAUGAGUACAGAAGUCAUACCAGAUUAGGGCUAACCAAUGAGCUCAUUUUAACUAAAAACUCCUAUAUCUGAUAAAUGAAUUCAGUAAACUUUCAGGAUACAAAAUCAAUGUACAUAAAUCAGUAGCACUGCUCUACACCAA